AUGAAAGCUGGCCAAAGUAAAACCGAGUGGAAUAGCAAAACCUGUGGUGCACUAAGUUUCAAUUAUGUUAAAAAUAUCAUGAGUUGGUUUGUGAACAUUGUGGUGUGUUUAACCUUAUUACUUCCGGUGAAAUCUGCUGUCACAACCCUAGACGAUGCGGGCAAGAAUUUGACGUGUUAUUCCUGUUUCACCAGAAAUGAACGUGGAGCCUGUGUUACCAAUGCCACCACUGCUGAUAUCAUAUUAUGUUCACCUGAAAACACGUAUUGCAGGGUUUUCUUGCAGCAGACACAGGGUGUGUUUGUAUCAUUAGAGCGAGGAUGUGCUAGUUCGUGUCGGAAAGGUUGUGGAACGUGGGGUGACGAUAUAGAUCAUGAUGAAUGUUAUUCGUGUUGUAGGACUGAUUUAUGUAAUACUGGAAAUACGGGAUUGAGGACAAGAUUAUCUUUUUAUUCUCUGAUAAACUCAUUUUUUCUUGUUGCGUCCACAAUUUGUGUCCGAAUGUAGCAGUACAGAAUAUACUUAUAAAAGCUCAAGAUGUUGUGUCCAUUUUAUUUUCAAAAAGGUCCUGAUCAUAUGUAUUUCUUUCAGCUCGCAAAGAAAGCGGUACAGAAACCACAAAAAAACUAAGAAACAAUCUAAGGACGAGAUAAUUUAUUUGUCUGCCCCUGCAAUGUUUGACAAAUUUCGAACACAAAGCAUCAUUUAAGAUGAAGUAUUUAAAAGGCAGAUAGAAAACGAAUUUCUCUGAAUUAUGUAUUUAGUAUCUUCUGCCCAAUUUAAACUCCGGCAUGAAAUAGGGAACGCAUAUCGUACACCAAUGGUGAAUUUGUUUAUUAUUACCUUAGGAUGAAAUUAAAAUAUAUAAAAAGUUA